AUGAAGGUGAUUUCCAAGCUUAUCCCUCUCCUUGCUGCGGCACUUCACGUCUCUGCAUAUGGCGUAAUCACCGAUGUAUCUGGCGCGAACGGCCUUCAUGGUGUAGGCUUUGGUGUCGUUUCCACCAUCACAACAUUAGACCAAUUUCGACAACAAUCAAGCAUAAUCAAUGAUAUCGAAAUCGCUGGAGGUCUUACUGGUAUCUGUGGGCGAACACUCGGAGGAGGGGUCAUCGACGUCCAGGCUAUGCUUGCGGGCAUUGCGUCAACUGGUGGCCUACCGACCGCUUUUCCAGGUGGUUUUGUCAAGAUGAAGCUAUUUCAACCCGACACUGGUGGAAUAGGACCAUACACUUGUGAAGUUUCUCCCAGUGCUACUGGUGAAGAUUUCGCCGGGAUGGCCAUCCGCAUGGAUAUACUGAGACGGUUUGACCCGACAACUACAACGUUCUCGCUCAUUGCCCAAAUACCCAAUGGUGUGACUUGUACGGGAGGACCCAACGCAAACGCCUGCCUCGUUCGCUGCCGUAAUGCCGUCAUUGCGGGAUCGUUUGGAGGAUGUGUAGCCGUAACCACUGCGGACAGCGGAGGCGCGACUGGCGCAGCGGCAGAAACCGAUGUUGUAUUUGAUGCCAACGACGCCCCCAAUGCUAUGGUGCCUCCAAGUGUCCCUAUUGCUGUUCCGUCGACGUUCGUCCCAGUAGCUGCACCUCCUUUAGCAUCGGCACCUCCUUUGGGAACACGCCCACCGGCGCCAGCCCCGGCACCAUUUGCUGCUCGCCCGCCCGGGGGAGCAGCCCCAUCACUCGGGGCAGCAGGCCUAUCACUCGGAGCAGCAGGCCCAUCAUUCGGAGCAGCAGGCCCAUCAUCCGGAGCAGCGCGCCCGCCACUCGGAGCAGCAGGCCCAUCAUCCGGAGCAGCGCGCCCGCCACUCGGAGGGGCACGUCCGCCGGCUGGUGGGCGCCCACUGGCACCCGCGGCAACACGACCAACAACAGUCGGUGCUCUGCCUCCUGGGAGUAGGAGCAGACCUGGGUUUUCACGUCGAAGACACAGUAGACAGUAG